AGUUUUCGCGAGUUGUUCGUUAGAGUCGGAGAUCUCGAGCGCGGUGGUGUUUGGUGACGGCCUUUACAUCAAUGGAAAAUGAUAUAAGUGGCGUUGGUUUUGGUUGGUGAACGAUUUUUUUGUAGGAUUGCUAAAUUGAAUGGUACGGUGAAUUCGCUACUUUUGAAUGUUUUAUUUAUUGCAAGUGAAACCAUCAAUGUGAUUUUUAAAAUUUUUGAUCGCUCUUUGUUAGCGAGAUGUGCUGAUGUGCAUUCAAUGUUGAACUGCUCAAUUGGCACCAGUUAGUGAAUCAUCGAAACACGGAACAGAGAAAACAAGAAUAGUCAGUAGGCAUAAAAUAACAAGUUCAACGGAAACGGCGAAAACUCCUGCACAAAAAAAACGACAACUGAGAUGUGCUUGUUUUACUUUACCUCUGACAUGGUGCAAUUUUCAUCAUAGACGAUUAUGGCUGUUAUGGGCACAUGAGCCGUCGUCAGUCAUCAAACUGAAAAGGUUUAUAGCACAGCUUGACCCAGUCCAGUCAGUAUCUGUAUAUGCUCGGAAUGUAUGCUAGCAGCCGACUUGGGACAGAAGCAUAGAAGACUUCUGAAGUGUAUAAUCAAAGCUAAUAAGAAUCCGCAGUACCUACACAAAACAAUCAGCAAAACCGCCCUGCCUGCCGCAAAUACUUCUUCCGGGACGAACCAAACGAACAGCGCGAGCGAUGAUGAAUGAUGAUGAUUCCACCAUCAUCGACCGCCUUUGAGCUCCGCCGGGCACCGAAGCCGUCCAGCGAGCGUGCAGAGCGAGAGUUGAUGUCAUUCUAGCUUGAGCCCGCAAGCCGGCGACAUCCAUAACGGAGGCGCGCGCGACACGUCCGGUCCCUAUUUCAGUGCUAGUGUGAAUCGAGCCGGGAUUGGUUGUGGUGACCGCGGUUCUCUGCGUAGCGGGCGGCGGAUUGAAGUCGCGCGUGAGUCUGGGUUCGCGUAAAGUGUGCGGUUGAAGUGAAUUCCGCAUAUAAAACGAAGAGUUUUUAUAGUGAUUGUUUCUGGGAAAAAAUGUGAGCUGAGCCACUGCCAAGCUGGUUGAAAGUUGAAAAAUAUGUAAUUAUUGGCUGUCGAGAAAGAAAAGGUGCCGAAAAAUUCACAGAGCAGCAGAAAAAGGUUAAGUGAAAGUCUUCAAAGUUGUUUGUUGUUGAAUAAAAAGAAAAGAAUUCGUAAAUGUUGGCCAAAAGUUUAUCAAGUGUUAAAUGUUUUUCGUGAUUCGCAUGGCAAACCCGUUAACAACCCAACAGUUCUAUGGUGUGAUGUACGAGAAGCUUGACUGAAAUCUUGCUAACUGGUAGCGAUAACUCAUCAUUUGCUAAUUAGCCCAACAAACAACGUAUCAACUUUACCACCACCGCAUCGGCAGUCAACCGCCACUCUACUAACUACUGAGCUAACUAACUAAGCACUGCAGAAACCAACGGACUAGUCACGCAAAAUGACCGUCACCUACACCGCCGAAGUUGCCACAUGUCGAGGAUUCGGCUGCUUUCUGAAGCUUCUGGUCAGAUGGCGUGGCAGUAUUUACAAGCUGGUUUGGCUGGACCUCACCUGUUUUCUAUUGUUGUACUAUAUUCUCAACAUAACUUAUCGAUUAGCACUAGACGAGUAUCAGAAGAAAAUCUUCGAAGACAUCGCUCAAUACUGUGCCACCUAUAGUAACCUAAUUCCACUAUCGUUUGUGCUUGGUUUCUACGUCACCAUCGUGAUGACCCGAUGGUGGAACCAGUACACCAGUAUACCCUGGCCGGACCCGAUAGCAGUAUUCGUCAGUGCCAAUAUUCACGGACAGGAUGAACGAGGUCGCGUGAUGCGUCGGACAAUCAUGCGAUAUGUGUGCCUGUGCUUCACCAUGGUGUUAACGAACAUUUCGCCACGGGUGAAGAAGCGGUUUCCCACGAUUGAUCACCUGGUCGAGGCCGGUUUGCUGAACGACAACGAACACAAGAUCAUGCACGAUUUGAACCAAAAGUUCCCUCGACACUCGAAACACUGGCUACCGAUCGUGUGGGCCGCCAGUAUUGUGACUCGAGCUCGGAAGGAAGGCCGCUGCCGGGACGAUUUUGCUGUCAAGACGAUCAUUGACGAGCUGAAUAAAUUCCGGGGACAGUGUGGCUUGCUGAUCUCCUAUGAUACCAUCAGUGUACCGCUGGUCUAUACUCAAGUGGUGACGCUGGCCGUUUACUCCUACUUCCUGUUUUCGGUCAUGGGACAGCAAUGGGUUGCAUCGAAAGAGAAUGUCACCGGGGUAGUGACAAGAAUUGAUCAAUACUUCCCCAUCUUCACGACGUUGCAGUUUUUCUUCUACAUGGGAUGGCUCAAAGUGGCCGAAUCGUUGAUCAAUCCUUUCGGUGAAGAUGACGACGAUUUCGAAGUGAACUGGAUGAUCGAUCGAAAUGUUCAGGUAUCGUACCUGAUCGUGGACGAAAUGCACCACGAACAUCCAACGCUGGUCAAGGAUCAAUACUGGGAGGAAGGAUUCCCGGCGGAACUACCGCAUACAGUCGCAUCGGCAGAGAUCAAGGAAGAACCACCCGCUCCAUCGACGGACAAUAUUACGGUUAAUCGAAAGCAGGCCGAAGUUAUACCGGUGGUUCCAUCGUCAGUGCGGGUGGACGAACUGGUCGGUAAAAAGAGUCAAAAUGUUGACUACACAUUCCCUGAACAGCAGGGAAUGCUUGACGACGAGGCCGAUGACACCGCGAGUGGAAUUCACUUUUCAGCGUAUGAUAACAGACCGUUCCACCGGACUGGUCCCUCUACAAACAGCCUUGGCAGUGUAGUGAACACCAUGACCCGCGUCAAUACGGUGGCGUCCGCAUUGAAGAGGUUUUUCAGCAAGGACGAAGGUAGCAGCGCCAGCAGGCCACAAAGUGCAACUCCAGAGGCCCAAGCUGGUCCAUUCAGAUUCCCGGGAUCGGCAAGUUCAACUAAUCUUGGACAGCGGUUACCUGACCGGGGGAGUGUUCGAAUUACGGAUCAGGUUAUCGAGGAGGUCGAUGAACAGCAGAUGACCAUCACAUCUGUACAGGGCAAAAAUGAUGCUCGACCCAUGGCAGCUAGCUUGUGGGAACAAGGUCCCCCGAAACCUACCGAGCCGGUAGAUGUGCCCCAACCAGCUUACAAACGUACUCAAUCUGCAGUGGCACAUGGUCCACACGGUUCCACCGCUAUUUUUCCACCUGGCGGUGUGGAGUCCUUACUAAGCGCAUCUGCACCAGUAGGCGGACGCUUUGAAACAAGUUUCGUCCCUAUCGACAGCCACAGAGACGAACCUCACUUCACGGACAGUAAAGAAUCGCACAAAACUAUCGAUGAUGGCCUGGACGGUGGUCCCGACGGAGACAUGAGUGAAGCGGAUGAUUUCGAAAAGUUACGCCAGGCACGCGAAAAAGAACGUGCCGAACGUCAAAAAGUUAAGCUAGCAAGAUCGGUCAGUGGACUGGCUCCCAUAGAUACCGAUAUUUUGUUAGAAAAACUAACCAAAACAGCUGAACAGCAGCAGCAGGACGCCGCAGGUCCGUCUGGUACGGAUACACCCGACACUCAAUUACAUUCCGGAGUUCCUGCCGCACACCAACAAGCCGACACCACCUUAUGAUUCUACGUCUCCGAGGAUGACAACGUGAUCGUGGUCAAUCUAAAGGAGGGUAGCUAGUAUUAGGAGAAAUUUGUGAAUCUGUUUGUCCCGGGGUGGCAUUGGCAUUGAAUGAUUCAUAUAUUUUUUACGUUAUCCUUUUUUAUAAUUUUCGACAAUCACUUAGAUGUGAGUUUUUUCGGACCAGUAUUGUAUCAGUUAAUCUGUUUCUCGUCUUUACCUUGUUAAGCACAAAAAUGAUAGAUAUUAGAAUUGACCCCACUACAACUGUUAGAAAGAAAAUGAGUAAUUUUCAUUGGAAUCAAGCCGCCGCUUACAUACACGCUUUGCUGUUUUUCUUUACGUUUUUAAAUGAUAUUGUGUGCUGUUAUGGUGCGGCUUUUCAUUUUACCCCCGCGCUGGAAUUCCAAAUUUCCUUAAUCGCAUCAAAUGUGAUGCUUUCACAAAAAAUGGAGGCCUGGUUUCAGUGAAAGUUGCAUAAUUCCGUUAAUUUUACUCAAAAACGUUCUCGAUGAACUCGCUUCCCUUUGAAAACGCGAAUGAAACACCAGAGAAAACAAAAAACUCAGUGAUAUUUAAUGUAAAUAUAGGCACAAUAGUAGUUACUUCAAGGCUUUUAAAGUUGGAACAAUAAUUACGCGGCUUUACAUAGCGAGAAUCAUUCUAAUUCGAGAUGCCUUUCGAACAAAAAUAAAAUUGUCUGCCUUGUGAUAGCAUGAGUCGACUUUUACAACAAUUAUUACCUAUUUGUUGCGCGCAGUGUGUCGAUAUUAGUAUUCAAUCUCGUUUAGAUAUUUCGAAUAAAACAUAGCAACAAAUCAGACAUGUGUAAAAAAAACAUUACAAAAACUGCAUAUUUGCAGCUAUAAAUGGAUAUAGGUAUAGCAUCCUUCCCAGAAGGUUUUAUGCGCAUUUUGCUAAGAAGUCCAAACUACAAAACAACUUAACUUUGAAACAAAUAAAGGUAACUAUUAAAAGACCAAUAAAAGACAAAUAACAUAUA